AUGAAGGAAGGCAGUUCUUCACCGAGUAAAAUGAUUAACAGAAAUUGGGUCUUGAAACGAAAACGUAGAAAGCUUCCUCAUGGACCUGAUAUAUCUAAUGGCAAAGAAGACGGUUCAGCAGCCUCGGAAUCUCCAAGGAAGGCUUCCUCUUCAGCUAAGCGCAGGCUGAAUAAUGAAAUAGUUUCUGAUCGAUUUUCAUCCAAGAAGAAAGGAAAUGACGGGUAUUUCUAUGAAUGCGUCAUCUGUGACCUUGGUGGUAACUUGUUGUGUUGUGAUAGCUGCCCCCGAACCUAUCAUCUCCAGUGUCUUAAUCCACCUCUAAAGCGCAUUCCAAAUGGGAAGUGGCAAUGCCCAACUUGCUGUCAGAAAAGUGAUCUGCUUGAGCCCAUAAACUAUUUAGGGGAUACCAUUUCAAAACGAGCAAGAACAAAGAGUGUCACUGCUAAGUCCAAAACUGGAGUUAUGUCAUCUGAAAGGGAAAAAGUAUCACAGAUUUUUGGAAACUCCAUUGUUGCAAAGAAAAGAUCCUCAAGCAAAGGAAAAACUAUUUUAACUCAUGGAAUCAAAUUCUUUGAAAAGAAACCAUUCUCCCAGAUAGAUAUACCUUGUAGCACCAAGCCGAGUCAUUCAACAGUUGGUGGUUCUGUGGACGGUAUUUCAUCAUGUGAGAAUGUUGACGAUAAAAAAAGAUCUAACUUUUCCCCAGAAGAUGAUUCCACAGACAGAAAGUUGAGCUCUCCUGCUAAAGAAGUUUCAUCUCAUUCUAAAGUUACAGCUUCGGAGACAAAUGAAGAAGCUCCUGAGGAAUUUGCCUCUCCUGAGGUGAAGCCUGUCCUGUCUUGUACUGAUGCAUCUCCACGUAAGACCAUAGUUCUUGCGAUCAGUGCUACCACUGGCAAGGCCAGAAAAAGGAAACACAAAGGCAAUAACGAUAAGAGUAAAAAGAAGAAGAAGACCGAUAAGGGAAAAUCUGUUAGUACUUCUAAACAAUCUGGAUCUAAAGCAAGUACUGCAAGCCUGAGGAUUGGUAAAGCACUUCGUAAGCAUAAAUCUGUCAACCACGGGGUUUCUGCAACCUUGUCAAGAGAGGACAUUGAAAUCAAGAAUUCAGAUGUCCAAAACAAAGACGAGGAGCUUCCUGAGGGAGAAAAAGACCCGUCACAUAAUGUAGAUAAAGCUGGAAGUCAUGUAGUCGAAACACUAAUUUGUAAUGAUAGUUUUUCUGCUGAACCUCUGCAGGUUGAUCGAGUUUUGGGAUGUCGAGUUCAAGGUGAUAAUGCUGACUCUCGUCACUUAUCUGUGGCAGCUGCUCAUGAUCUGUGUUCUGCUGAUUUGCAAGUCUCAGAUACCCAAACCAGAUUAUCAGAUGGGAAUUCUGCAUGUGAUAAUGACUUGGAUGUUGGAGCUGCUGAAAAUCUUACUGAGGGUUGUGAAAAUGUUGUCAAGGGUGCUGAUGGGGAUGAAAGUAUGAAGGAUGAUGUUAGAGUGGACAAAAUGAAUGUGUACAGAAGAUCCAUGAACAAAGAAGGUAAAAAAGCUAACUCCAUGGAUGUGCCGAGGAUGGGUACUAAGGAUUUGAGUAACAUAAAUGGUAAGGAUCAAGAUGAAUCUGCUGUAACUGCAGAUGAUUCGGGAAAAACACAUGAAAGAAUAGUGACUGUGGGGACUACCAAAGUUAGUUUGAAAAGUCAUGAUGAUGAUGAGGUUCCAGAAAUUGAAACACACGUCUCUCCUGACACCAAAGACAAAAAAGAUGUAGAUACAGAAACUGGAAUUAAUAGCAGCGCUCAAAACAAAAGUCAGGGGCCCUCCUCACUGGCUGAACCUUCAGGUGGUAGCUGUGAGACGGUGUUGUAUGAAUUUUUAGUUAAGUGGGUGGGUAAGUCUAACAUUCAUAAUAGUUGGGUUUCUGAAUCUGAGCUAAAAGUCUUGGCCAAGAGAAAACUAGAAAAUUACAAGGCCAAGUAUGGAACUGCUGUUAUAAUAUCUGUGAGGAACGAUGGAAGCAACCACAGCGGGUGA